ACAAAACAGUGCUCUCAUAUCCUCUAGCCCUAAUAAGUUUCGGUUUAGAUGUGGUGUGACAGCAUUGUACCAUGGUGGUUACUGGCGUAACCUCACAGCUGUCUAGUGUCAAGUUGAAGUUAAACAACUUUUUUGUAAUUUGUUUAUCACAAAAUGGAUAAGCCGGACUUGCCGUUUAUGCUGAAAAACUCGAACAAGAACUUCAUGGAGCGCCAGAAAAGCAUUUUCGACCAGUUGAGCACCCUCACUUGCAACCUGCAGAAAGACGAAGAGAUGGAGGUUGAGGGCCCCAAAGUCUCCAACAGGGCAAAUCGCUCGGUAAUGCGGCAGUUUCGGGGUAAAGAAAGCAUCUUCAAACGUCCACAAGACCCCGUGUCUAAGAAUUACAUGCGGACAAUCCCCGACUUUAAAAAGAAUCCACACAAGUGGACCAAGUACUCUCUAGCCGAUGUGAAGGACGAAGACAUGUCUGAUCGAAGUAACACCAAAGCGGCGCUUUCGUUUUUAAAUGAACUGAAAAAUAGGAAUAGUGAAAUGGUGACUGAUAAAAGCGAAGAGAUGAAGAAAAUUGUUUUUAAGAAAGUCCACACCACGACUGUUAAAGAUAAUUUGAAGAGCGAAGAUGAGAAACCUAGCUUUAGAAGUUCUAAAGUUGUGAUGCCUGAAUAUGUGGUCGGGCAGAAAGUUAAGAAGGACAAGAAAAAUAAGAAAAUUCAAAGUGGUGGUGGUGGGCAGUUAAAACUGGAUCAUUUGCUUGAUGGUGAUGAAUAGAUUUAAGAACAGAUUAUUUAAGUAACUUGUAUAUAAGGAAAAUAAAAAUUAGUGUACAUGUAA